UUUUUGUUGUUUUUUGUUGGUUUUUUGUUUGUUUGUUUUGUUUUUCGAGACAGGGUUUCUCUGUGUAGCCCUGGCUGUCCUAGAACUCACUCUGUAGACCAGGCUGGCCUCGAACUCAGAAAUUUGCCUGCCUCUGCCUCCCAAGUACUGGGAUUAAAGGUGUGCGCCACCAUGCCUGACUUUUUUUUUUUUUUACAUUUUUUUUGAGGGGCUGGGUUACAUUAUGUGGUAGAUUGGAACUUAAUAUUUCAAUUAAUUUGCAUUCAAAACCCAUUUAUAGAUUAUCUAGCUUAUAGUAGACUUUAUAUUGGUGUAUGGAGAAAAUACAGUAUAAGACAAGCAGGCAACCAAAGUAUCUAUGAUCUGGUCUCUGUAGCUGUCAAACUUAUUUCUGUCUUGGCCAAUUUUACAUUUUCAUGUACUAGAAAUCCUAGAAAAUCAUAGUUCACUGCACUUGCCAUUUACCCACACAGAAAGCAGCAAACUGCCUCAAUUACUUGAUACUUAAGUAUCACACAACCUCAACAUGUAGAGCCUUAAGAUUUUGUAAAAAAGAAAAAAAGAAAAUCAGAUACAGAUUUCUUUAAUACAGCUGCCUAGCCAGGUGCUUUACACAGCAUUGGACAGUGGGAGUUUAAAACUCUAUUUUUCAUAUAAUUUCUGACCUAUCAACUUAGUGAAGCCUUGAUGACUAUUGAAUACUUAUUAUGGAUCACCAAACAAGCCGCAUAAGCCACUCAUCGCAAUACUGUUCUAAUUACUUUACAAUGUAAACUUUCAAAACAGGAAACGUCUCAGAUAUGCUAGCCCCUUAAACUGGGUAACAUCCAUUCUGGGAAGGCUUCUAUUGUGAGAGAUAGAAUAGGAAUUCUCUGCUGUUUAUUUGCAUUAGAGAAUCUGAAACAUAAACAUCCACAGUUAGAAUACGUGUGUUACAAUAUAAACAAACGAAUGAAUUGAAUGGAACUACUAUAUUCCAUAUUGAAACUUACUGGAGUAUUCAUUUAUGACAGCACAGAAAAGAAAAAGGAAGCCUUUAUUGGACAUAAAUUACAUGAUGUAUUAUGUCUGUGGAAACUAGCACUCUGUGCAAUUACUGUUGUUGUGAGCUUUCUCUAAAUAUUUUGUAAUUAAUUUGAAAGUUAUAGUAACACCUCAGAAGAGCUAGCCCCUCACACUGUUCAAUAUACAUAGGUGGUGACUAUACAAGGCAAGAAAAUUAACAGCAUAAAGGAACUGUUAGCCCAAAGCAACUGUUCUCAACCUGUGGGUCAUAACUCCUUGGCAAACCUCCAUCUUCAAAAAUAUUCAAUUUACGAUUCAUAAAAGUGUCAAAAUUACAGUUACAAUGUAGCAACAAAAAUAAUUUUAUGGUUGGGGGUCACCACUGUACUGAAGGGUCUUGGCAUUAAGAGGGUUGAGAACGACUGGCCUAAAAAAUAACUAAGCACAAAACUAUGUUGGAAGAAAAUCAGCAGGCGGUUGAAAAUUACACGCAUGUGUCACGCUCUCAAUGGCAAAACGGAGAAGUUAGGCUAUGUGUUUUGUUUUGUUUUUUAAAUCAGGUUAGACGCGCCUUUCCUUUUCAUCUUUUCCUUCUGUCACCUAACUUUCUGUCUUACUACCUCUAGCAAAAACACCCUAGAAACCACAUGAGCUUGUGAACCUCUAACAAGUAACCUCUGCUCUGCGCGUGCGUGGGAAACCAGGGACGCACAGCGACAAGACUAGCACGCUGUUGAAAGGCAUUUUGCAGCGGUGACCUCCGAAUUCCACCAGCCUGGCGGGAAAUGAGAACCCAGUCAGUCACCAUCUAUAUUUCAGGAGCAAGCAGGGGCGGCUUCCUAUCACAGAAAAUCCGUGAAGAAGAAGGAAAGGACAGCAAGAUAGAUAGGUGGAGCAGAUGAAGCCAAUAAGAGAAGAAUCCUGCAAGCCUGACGUGCUCCACAGCGCACGGGCUUACUCACAGUGUUUGGGGAUCACCCGGACCAAGCCCGGACUUCAGAACCGAACCCAGACGCCGGGGUCACACCCGCUCGCCGCAGGAGCUCGGCAGCCAAUCAAAUCAGGGGGCGUAGCCAACACCGCCCUCGGAUUAGCCAAUCCAAUCCGGACAUUGCGGGCGCGCGUCUGAUGACGUAAAGACAUACGCUCCGCAGGCCGGCCUUCUCUACACAAGUGUGUUUGCGUUCCUCACUGACGCUUCCGGUUCCCAGAUCCUGGAAGUUCUCCGUCUUUUCCGGUUGUUUGGGCGGAUUAAGUCAGAAGCGCGCCUUUUGAAUCCGUGAAGCAACUGUGAAGAGUCGAGGAAGCGAUAAAGCGGCUGACAGAUCCAGGGGAUAAUUUGAGCCUCACGCGUUUGUGACUAUGUAUCGUUGUGAUUAUACUGUUUAGAUGAAAAUGUCUGGUAAAGCACGUGCUUCUAGGAAAAAACCUCAACAGGUGAAAAGAAGUUUGAAACAAAGAGCCAAUAAGGAAGCGGAUUUGCCAGAGAAUGAGGUUGGAAACACAGCAAAAAGAAACAGAAGUCAUGCAAAGCAUCUGUCCUCUAAAGUAACAGGACAAGCAACGUAUGUUCAUCUAAAACGGGUAAAAAUAUCAUCCAGCAAGAGAACAACCUGGCAACCUCUUCCAAAGGAUACUGAAGAGUAUUUGCAAAGUAUGAUGGAGUCAGUCAUUCUUGGAAUUUUAUUCAACAUAAAAAGAAAAGAAGAAAUUCAGUGUCAUCUCAACCAGUUGAAGAAAAGACUACUACAACAAUGUGCAACACUGAAAGUCCCUCCAAGAAAGUUGAACUAUUUAAAGGAUGUGUCAAAAAUGCUGAAAAUGGAAAAGGCACAGGAAAGAGCAAAUGAAGAGAGCCUGGCUUCACUGCAGCCAUGGCCAAGGAAGGCAUACAUGCUAAAGGUUUAAUGGACAUCAACACUGUUCUACAAGAGCUGCUGAGGACUGCCCACACCCGUGAUGGCCAAGCACGUGGUAUAUGUGAAGCUGCCAAAGCACAAAAAUCAGUCUCUCUGCUUGCAUCCAGCUGUAGUGAGCCCAUGUAUGUCAAGCUGGUGGAGGCACUUUCUGCUGAGAACCAAAUCAACCGGGUUAAGGUUGAUGACAAGAAACUAGGGGAAUGGGGUAGGCCUCUGUCAAAUUGAUUGAGAUCAGAAGCCACAGGAACUGGUUGUUUGCAGUUGUGUAGUGGUUAAGGGCUAUGGCAAAGAAUCCUAAGCCAAGGAUGUCAUCGAGGAAUACUUAUAGUUUAGAGGGAUCAUAGCCAAGCCUUCAUUUUGUGCUUUUGCCCUUCAGGAUAAAUUAUUGCAUGUCAUUUUCUUUUAAUCUGUUAGGCUACCAAUAAUAAACUGGUAUGCAUGGUUGUGGAGAGCAGUGCCGCUAGCAAUCGCCAUUAUAAGAUGGCGCUGGCCUCCGCUGUGCCUAACUAGUAAACAAGCCUUGUACGCAGGUACGAGAGUGAACUCACACCUAGGCACUGCCCAUCUCGGGGUGUAGUAAUGGGGUGAUGGGCGAGCAACGAAUCAGGAGCUGACACGCCACAUCAGGUGCUGAAACACCAUGGCUGAGGGCUAUAUAAGCAACGCCAUUUUCCGGGGUCGGGGUCUUCCCUCCUGAAGAAGCAAUAAAGCUUUUUGCUGCAGAAGAACCGGUGGUUGAGUCUUUCUUGCCGGUCGAGUGGGACGCAACACAUGGUUUACUUUAUAAUUGUCUUAAUCUGUACUUUGUAAAUCCAACAGCCAGUUCAUAGCAGUGUGGUGCUAAGAAACAUGUUAACUUCACCAUAGAAUGUAGUUUACAGAAUUCAAGCUCUGGGACGUUCAUGAAAAACAGCCUACUUCCUUCUACCUAGCAAUUUCAGUGACAUAAAGAAUUGAACCAAAAGUAUUUAAAGGAAAAAUAAAUCAGUCAUAACCAACAUGGAGUCUGACUCAAAGAAUAAAGUGGUUCCUGUGUACAAGGAAGUCAAACAGUGGAAAUGGUCAAUAUUACAGACUUUACUAAGACUUUAACUAAUGUGUUAUACUGAUCUUACAUAUUUGUUAGGUCCUUUAGAGUUGUACAUUGAAAUAUUUACAAGUGCAAUGUUAUGAUGUCUAGGAUAUACUUUAAAAUAGUGCAUCUUUAAUGACCCAGAAGCUGAUUUAUACUGUACUUGGCCUGCAAUCAGCAUAUUCCUGUUACUGUGAUAUUUGACUCAUUAAUUUUCCGUAUUGUCUUUUUUAUAAAUUAAUAUAUUUCUUUAAAUUAGAAAAAUAGUUUACAGUGUUUUAAUAAUUAAUUUUAAUAAUAUUAAUUCCAGUGCCUAGCAUUCCAUUCUUUUGGCAUAUUAAAAGAGCAGGCAUUCAAAUGUUCCUAACUAAAAUUAAAAAUAUUUUCAUUUGUUUCUUGCACUUGAAAGCACCUGUUACUUAACAGAUGCUGUUGCCUGGAGUCCUUGGGCUGUGCAGCUCAUACAAAGGGUUCUGCAGAGCCUCCAUUGCUUGUUAGCUUCUGUGUUAGGGUUUUGAUGGGCAGAGUUAGCUCCUUAAUCCUUCCUAAUAACUCAGGGUUAUAUUGGCCAAGCAGCUUUCUUGAGGGUCUCUUUUUGAAAGAUGAGCAAAAAUAAAGUUAACAAUUUCUUGCAGAGUGUUUUAAAAUAAGAAGUAUCAUAUGUAUAAUCUCCUAGGGUUUCAUUUAUCAUACAUUUACUUUAAAAUAUUAACUUUUCUUUUUG